CAACAGCAGCAGAGACGCAGAGUAUUUAGAUAUUUUAUUCGUGUCUAUUUAUGCGGAAAAAAAACACGUUCAGGUUAUGUUUCCUUUAACCUUAGCUCGUAAUUGUUUUGAGCAAGAAAACAGAGGUUUGACAGUAUACUUGGAACAUUUUGUGUUAGUUUGAACGGACUAUUACUCACUAACUGGAACCCCCCGCGAGACAAACUUCAAAUUAACCGACAAUGUUUGAGGAAAGAAUUUAAAGCAGGAAGUUCCCUAAUAUAUUGGAAAUGGAUUCAAGCAGAUUUGUGCACCGGAGAAAAACGGACAUUCCGGUAAUUGGACCAAGAGCCCCGGAUAAGAAACAGCACACACAGGAGGUCAGUGUUAAAAGUAUUGAACUCAGUAAGGUGAUUCGCCUUCUUGAGGAUCCCUUGACAGUCAACCUGAAGGAGAGGCACCUCUUUGUACUGAAGAAACUACUGAAGAGAUGCCAAAUUGGCUUUCUUCUGAAGGAGCUGACAGGCAUCGCCAAAAUACUCAACAUCUGUGCUGAGAAAGUGACAGACCACCCUGAAUAUCAGCCCAUUUUCUAUGAGGCACUUCACAUUUGUAGGCUUCCCUUCCUCAAGGAGAAAUCCUCUGAUGAGCUGAACUACGCGCAGGACGUCAUAGAGUUUCUCUCUCACAUGGGCUGUCUGAUGAGGGUGUCCGAUGCUGAAGUGAGGCAGCACAUAGUAGAGUCAGUGAAAUCAUUCUACAGCUCUGUGGCUCCUAAACUGCUGCCUGACGGUACGGAGGGUCUCACCAAGACAAAGCCUCGGACUUUCCACUCUGAAAACCGAUAUUCUAGACUUGCACUGAGGCUCCAGCCCACCUCUCCAGGCUACAGGCUGCAGCUGCUGGAGCGCAGUGACCUGGCUCAGACGUUGCUCCUCUCCAUGGCCGCUCUGGAGAACCAGCCGGGCAUCAAGCUGCAGCUCCUGCAGACACUUCAGAUCCUCUCCAGCUCCUCGGAUAUGAACUGUACGUCGAUUCUGCAGGCAGGAGGAGCGGAGACCAUCUGUCUUCACAUGAACCAGCCCGACCCAAACGGUCAGGUCCUGUUCCACUCCUCCGAAAUCCUCUGGAACCUUCUGGAGAGAGGCAGCACGGAGGUCACUGCUCAGCUCAGCAGCAUGGAGUGUGUCAUAUCUCUGAAAGAAGCGUUUCUUCACCAGCUGAUAAACGGUUUCCGACACUCUGACCUCCAACUCAGAAACGAUCUGCUUGUGAUCACAACUCUCAUCGCUGGAAACCCAAACUCUCUGCUGAUUGAAAGCUUAUUUGCCAAACAGCUCGUGGUUUUUGCUACAUUUCCAGAGCUGAAAAGUCACAACCCUUUGGUCAGCAACCUGAAGCUCAGCUACAAUAACGAAGACUUGAAAAUGAAGAAGAUGCUUUUGAAUCUGUUGGUUUUAAUGUCAAAGGACUUAGCUGCUCUCCAGCUGUAUAAAGAGGAAAGAGUCCUGCUUGCUGUGCUGAUGCUCGUGAGGCCGCCUGCUGCUUCCCCUGAGCGCCGCUCAGCGUCCCGGCAGUGGUCCUCCGCCCAGCAGGAAGAGGUGCAGCUGCAGGCGCUCGCCACCCUCUGCUCCCUCGCUCCGAUCAUGUUGGAGGACUACAUGUCCUGCCAGGGAAACGCUGUCCUGCUGCUGCUGCUGGACUGGUGCGUCGCUCAAGAUGCUUUCUUCGGUCAGGGUCACAGCUCCCCUGUAGCAGAAGGAAGAGGCAGGAGGAAGGCUCAGAUGCGGCACUGUAUCAGAGCGCUGCGAUCUGUGACAUCAUCAGGAGAAGAGUCCGUCAACCAGGACCUUUGUGAUCAGGGAACCAUCAACCAGCUCCUGGGGAUCUUAAUGCAGAUGGAGGCGAGUCCUGAUGACGAUGAUUUGGUUUCCCUGGAGAUAAAGUCAGAUAUUCAACUGAUACUUUCAGCACUGUGUGAGAGAGACAUGCACAGAAAGGAGCUGUUUGGCUCAGAGGGAGUGGAGAUGGCGGUGCACUUCCUGAAGAAAGGCUCCGACAAGUUCUACAGCGGCCUGGGACACAACAAGCUCAUCCUCUCCACAGUGGACUGUGUGUGGUCUUGUAUUGUGGGUUGCUACACUACAGAAGAUUACUUUUUGGCUAAAGAGGGGGCGUCUCUCCUGAUGGACUUACUCAGUUCGAGCCCCAGGUGUGUGUACUGUAACGUCCUGGCCUCCCUGCUGGAGUUGUGUGACAACCCGAACGCUCUGUCUCACAUCCUGAGCUGGAGGGACAGCAGGGGACAGACGGCUCCCAGGUUCCUGCUGCAGCUGUGGAUGGACGAGGAGGGAGAGCUGAACGUCAGCCGAGACCAAGAUGGGGGCAUCGCAGAUCCCCAGAGGCCCAUCCUCGGUGUUUACCAGCAGGAGGACCCCCAGCUGUCGUUUCCUGCUAACGUGCCGAGUGCAGCAGUGCUGGAGCUCUCAGAGAACCUGCGCUCAAAGAUCUACUCCAUCUUCUGCAAACUAGGUUUCCAUGACCUUCCUGGAUUGUCAAGAAAACAUUAUGUGACCUUGAGUGUCGUCAGGAGAUAUCUGGACUUCAAGGUGGGUGAGGUGUGGGAGGAGGUCAGCAGGGAGCUGGGUCUGGACGGUGUGAGGCCGACCACUCCGGAUGAGGAGGCUCUGAGCGCUGUCUGUAAGAUCUCAGAGGACACGGCCAGGAAGGUGGCAGCAGAACAGAGGAGCAUCCUGGAGCUGCAGGAGAAGGAGGACAUCAGCGAGGAGCAGCUCAUGUACACAGAGAUUAAGUCUCACUGGAAGCAGAAGGAGCUCAAAGCCAAGUCAUGGGACAGUUAUGUUUCCAGGACUUCCAACUAUGAGAUCCUAAAGGAAGUGAAAGCACAGAGGGAGGAAUACAUUGAAUCAUCCCGACCCAAACCAGAGCAUGAGGAAGCUGCUGUUCAUCCUACAGAGCUCAUCCUGGGGCACGUGAUAUCUGUAGAGAGGACAGGAUCCUCGGGGCCCGCAGGAGUGAAGCUGACGCUGGCCAGAACCUCCAUCAAGGCUUCAGGUCAGGACCAGGCAGCCCCAACCACACAGGACCCGGAAUACUUCAGCACUGUGAAAGACUGACGCUUCAACUUAUAGACUUUAAAGUUCAGCCAACACAAAACAGAACAAACGCUGCAGAACAUUAACAUGUUUGUCAUGAAUAGUUGUUUCUAUCAGCCGUUUAUUCCCAGCGCCUGUACUGAACUGUUUUAUGUGAUUUUGGCAGAAAACGCAGACAUGAGGUCACUGGCUGUGCACAAUCAGCACCUUGUAGUAGAAUCCACCUCCAAUCCCUUUAAUAGACACACACACACACACACACACACACACACACACAC